UUACCUAACUUCGACACAAACACGCAGUUCCCAGAAGCAUCAACUUCAAACAGCUCCAGCUUCCUGGCUGCUCACAUCUUGGCUUAGGGGAGCAGAGGCAAAGAGCUACUACUGAGGGGUUCCGCAGCAACUCCGCAAGGCUUGGAAUUGCCAAGAUGCUUCUGCUUCUUUCUCUGGUUACUGGGCUUGCCCUGUCUGCCUUUGGUGCCAUGACAGACAAAGAGACUGAUCCAAGCCAGGAGUCACUUCACGACAUACAGAAGAAAGUGAACGACCUCUGGAAGAAUUUGCUGUACCCAGCGCUGCCUGGCAAUGAGACUGAUGGGCUGGUUUAUGCCACUUGUGAAAUGAAGCCCAGCUCCAAAAUAGAUGCUGAAAAGCCCCAAGUGACCGGGCAGGUCUUAUUCCAACAGCAUUACUCCAAUGGAAGACUAGAAGCCAUUUUUCACUUGGAUGGCUUUCCACUGGGUAAUAACCAAUCCGGUCGAGCCAUUCACGUCCACGAGCUCGGGGACCUCAGCAGCGGCUGCGACUCCACCGGGGGCCACUACAACCCCUUCAGUGUCAACCACCCCCGGCACCCAGGGGACUUUGGCAACUUCAUUCCCAGAGAAGGCAAAAUCAGAAAAUACAAAGCAAACCUCUUUGCCACUCUGUCUGGUCCCUAUUCCAUCAUGGGCAGAUCCAUUGUGAUCCAUGAGGGGGAAGAUGACAUGGGCAAGGGCAACAACAAGGCCAGUCUGGAAAAUGGGAACGCUGGGAAACGUCUGGCUUGCUGUGUGAUUGGGAUGUGCAGCAGGAGCCUGUGGGAAGAGAAACUCUCUGAAGUGACAGACAAGAAGAAGAGAGGCCUCAACAAAAGAUCACAGAACCAGGCUUAGGUGAAGACCAACAAGCCAGCUACAGCCCAGGCAGCACAGAGUAUCUUAGGCUGUGCCACUGGUCACCGAGCUCUAUGGUGAAAGGAUUUCCACUUGCUUGCUCCUCUGACAACUGCCUGUCACUUUGUAGAGCCUCCUUUCUGUAAGCCCACCAAUAAAACCAGCAUCAACUCAACCUUGUGCUGUAUUUU